AUGAACAAUUUUUUAGAUGCAUAUAAUUAUAUAUUUAUAAACAAAACCCGCUUAAAUUUUUACUACCCCCUAUCACCUUUUCCUAUCUCACUUUAUCAUUUAUCUAACACCCUCCGAAUCUCCAUCAUCAGGAUAUAACAUAUACUGAGGUAUAAUAUAUUUUAUAUAUUUACCAAGCCACUCAAAAUUCCUUAUUAUAAAAAUGAAAUUCAAGUUGGUAUUUAACAAAGAAAUUCAUAUUGUCUCAUAUUGUCAAACUUGAAAAUCCAACAC